AUUUGUCUGCUACGUCCACUACUGGUUGACAGCUAGUGUAAAGACCGAGAGUCGGUCGAAGGUGUAACCCCUUGGUUUUCCUAAAUAAUUCAAUAUUCUGUGUGAACAAUAUGCAAGGGAUGAGUCGUUGGAUAGAAAUGCGGUGCGCCGAGUGGACAACGGUGUUAGUUUCUAAUGAAAUAGGGUUUUGAUGGAAUUAUGCACAGCUGUAAAGGUUCCGAACAAAGCUGCCUUGUCUCUUCGAACUCGGAGUAGACAUGAAAUUCGACGGCAACGUUUCGAUUCUAAGCGAAGACAUUGUGCUCCGACAAGCGGUUAAAAUAAGUCAACAACGUACUAGCCAGCAACAGGGAAUUAUCUCCUCGGUUGUUCAAUAAGAUCUAAAGUUACAUACACCUCAAAUAAAUGUGUACGUGAUGGGAGUGCCUGCGCGCGGGGUUCUCGCGGCAAUGGUCGCCAUAGCCGCGUUCACCGUUUACCUAAACAGCUUGAGUUGCGGUUUCGUAUUUGACGAUAUAUCGGCGAUAAAGGACAACCGUGAUCUUCGGCCCCAUACGCCCCUCAAAAAUGUUUUCUACAACGAUUUCUGGGGCACUCCGAUGCACAAGGAGCAGUCCCACAAGUCUUACAGACCCCUAUGUGUCCUGACUUUUCGAUGGAAUUAUUUAAUACACCAACUGGAUCCCAUGGGAUAUCAUCUACUCAACGUUUUACUGCAUGUUGGAGUAUGCCUUUUGUAUUUCAGAAUGUGCUUAAUGUUUUUGCCGGACCUGGCGAGCUUUGUAUCUGCGCUUCUAUUUGCUGUACAUCCAAUACACACAGAAGCAGUGACUGGAGUUGUUGGCAGAGCAGAAACUCUGUCCUCCCUGUUCUAUUUGGCUGCUUUCUUAACUUACACAAAAAGUUGUAAAAGCAAAAAAUCAACAAGGUGGAGGUCGCUGAUACUGUCAAUGUUAUUUGUACUUACUGCAAUGUUAUGUAAGGAACAAGGCAUAACAGCUACAGCAGUUUGUGUCCUGUAUGAGAUUUUUGUUGUUCAAAAGGUGAGAGCCUUGGACAUCAUCCUCACAAUAAGAUCUGCACUUGGAGGUAAAAAGAUAUCUCCAUCAUGGUCCGGUGAAGGCACAAAAAGGCUGACAGCCCUCACUAUCGUUACAUUUUGCCUCCUGAUCCUAAGGCUGCAAAUCAUGGGCUCUAAAUUACCAGUUUUUACAAGAUUUGACAAUCCAGCUUCAGUUGCACCAUCACCUGUUAGGCAAUUUACCUAUAAUUAUUUAGCCUCUGUGAAUUUGAGGCUUCUCUUUUUGCCCAUUGAUCUGUGCUGUGACUGGACAAUGGGGACAAUACCUUUAAUAGAUACUCUGACAGAUCCGAGAAAUUUAGCAACGAUAGCCAGCCAUACAGCCCUGACAGGACUCUUAGCUACCGCCAUCCUGACCCGCAGUAGACAGACCUCGGUUGUUCUAAUAAUGAGCCUAGCUAUGAUGAUCCUUCCGUUUUUACCGGCAUCAAACCUUUUCUUUCCUGUCGGGUUCGUGAUUGCUGAAAGAGUUCUCUAUGCACCAUCCAUGGGCUUCUGCAUGCUCAUAGGCUAUGGUUGGAGUAUUCUUUCAGGAAAAAGGUAUAAAAGAGUCUCUCUUUUCCUACUGUCCACACUUCUAAUCGCGCACGCGGCCAAGACCUACGUACGAAAUUACGAUUGGCUUGACGAAUACUCGAUAUUCAUGUCUGGGCUCAAGGUGAAUAACCGAAAUGCCAAGCUGUUUAACAACGUUGGGCAUGCCCUUGAGAGUCAGGGUCGAUUCAAAGAAGCCUUAAACUUCUUCAACAUGGCUGUCAAUGUCCAGGGGGACGAUAUCGGGGCUCACAUUAACGUUGGAAGGACAUACAAUCACCUGAAAAUGUUUAAGGAAGCCGAAGACGCGUACUUGAAAGCUAAGUCCUUACUGCCGAAAGCGAAACCUGGGGAAUCAUACCAAGCUAGAAUAGCUCCGAAUCAUCUAAAUGUUUUCGUCAACCUGGCAAAUCUGAUCGCGAAAAAUGCAACGAGAUUAGAGGAGGCAGAUUUGCUUUACAGACAGGCGAUCAGCAUGCGAGCGGAUUACACGCAAGCAUAUAUAAACCGAGGAGAUGUUUUGAUAAAGUUGAACCGCACCAAAGAAGCUCAAGAAGUUUACGAAAGGGCACUCUUUUACGACAGUAAUAAUCCCGACAUUUAUUACAACCUCGGCGUUGUCUUCCUGGAACAAGGCAAAGCAUCCCAAGCUUUGGCCUACUUAGAUAAAGCUUUGGAAUUCGACCCAGAACAUGAACAGGCUCUGUUGAACUCUGCGAUUCUACUUCAGGAAUUGGGGCGUGCGGAAUUACGGAAAGUUGCCAGAGAACGCCUCCUAAAAUUACUGAGAAAGGAUUCGAACAACGAGCGUGUACACUUCAAUUUGGGCAUGCUGGCCAUGGACGAUAGAGAUAGCGCGGACGCUGAGCGAUGGUUUCGUAACGCAGUGGCUUUAAAAGAAGAUUUUCGCUCGGCUCUUUUUAACUUGGCACUAUUGCUGGCGGACGAACAGCGCCCCUUAGAGGCAGCUCCUUUCCUGAACCAGCUGGUCAGGUUCCACCCAGACCAUGUGAAGGGCUUGAUACUCCUCGGUGACAUUUACAUCAACAACAUAAAGGAUCUCGACGCAGCCGAAAAUUGCUAUCGAAGGAUUCUGCAACUUGACCCUGCAAACAUUCAAGGCUUACACAACCUUUGCGUAGUCAUGGUAGAACGUGGUAAAUUGGGCCUCGCAGCUCAGUGCUUGGAACGUGUAGCAGCUCUGGCGCCACAACAAGACUACGUUCAUCGUCACCUAGCGAUAGUCAGAUCUCGCAUAAACCGUACGCCUCCCGAUCAGCUGGACACGGAGGUAUUCGACGAGUCAUUUUGGAAUGGAAAUAAACGAGAGAACACCAACUUCAACGGGGAUUCAAUGGCCGGAGAAUUCCUGGGAAAUCCCGAAACAGUGUUUCUCAAUCACGCGUCCGCAGUUCACAACUACUUGAACACUGACCCCGCAGGAAUCGGGUCAGACCCAAUAAACAACCGUAUGAUGCAUCUAAAAGGACCGCCAAAAUCAAGAAUGGUGAAAAGCGCAGCGAAAGAUGGAAAAACUUACGGUCAAGUAGCAGUUGACGGACAGCCCGUAACCGAGGUUCCGCACAUCGCCGAACCUGCUGGGGAUGGAGUUUUAGAUGAGCUCUUAUGUACGGAUGUUAGGGAACUGGAAAUAAAUCAAAAAUUAGGUUCGAAGUUGAUGGCAGGGGAUGACGGGGAGCCAGCUGUGAAAGCGGACCAAUUUAAUCAGAGUACGACUAUCACAGGUAACAAACAUGGAGGGAAAAUUCAAGAAAGCAAGGAAAGCCCAAUUGCAUAGCGACAAGUUCCAAUGGAUGCCGAAUACUGAUAUGUAAAACUGUUACACCAUACGCCAGGAGUAUAGGCGGUGGAUUAGUGCUAAAGCAUAUAGUGCUAAAGUGUGAAUAUACAUACAUUGAAAGAAGAAAAAAAAUACAAAAAAAAAUGAAAUAAAAUAAACAGAGUAUUGUUUUAUAUGCUGUAUAAAUAGGACAUUUUAUAAAAUAUAUUUAAAAGUAUGCCUUUUAUUAUUGAA